AUGGACUUAUCCGUGUCACAACUAGGAACUCCAAAGAGGUGGCGUUUGUCCGACACAUACAACCUGGUAACCGACCUCGUGAACGAAUGCAACCAUUGCAUCUUCAAGGCUGAAAGCACCGCAAAGAAGUGCAAGAAACUGGUGGUCAAGCUCACCGACAAGCAGAGAGAAGUGGAGUUCUAUAAGAGCAUGGGCCACCACCACGAUGCCGAUCUCCACGUUGUCGACUGUGUCCAAAUCAUCCCCGUGGCUUUAGCGAGGAAUGCGAAGUGCUUUGCCAUCGUGAUGGAGCAAGGGUUGACGGUGGACUUGGACCAUCUCCACAUGCUUCAACAGCGGCCGUUCCUGCAACUGAAUUGCAUCGACAAGCUCGCCCGAGCCGUCCUCUUUUUGCAUGACCGAGGACUCAUCCAUGGCGACAUCAAGCUCGAAAAUGUCGUGUACUUUAGCGAUCGCACCUGGUACAAGCUGAUCGAUUUUGACCACACCGUGAAGAUUGGGUCGCGCAUUCGGCAUUGCACCCCCGAGUACUGUCCGCCGGAAAUGGCGCGAUGCAUGCUGCAGGGCCAAGGCCUGACCAUCGAGGCGUCAUCCAAGUUUGACGUGUGGUGCUUUGGCGUGCUGGUGCUCCGUCUGUUUCUGGACGGCGGGCAUUUGGAAGAAUUUAACGGUGUCGGAGGCGACGGAGUUUAUGAACUUCUCGCGGCACCGGGGUUUUCGUUCCGCCAGAGUCUGGCCAAAGUGGCUGCGUUGAACAACCGCCAAAAGAAGUACUUGCUCAUGUGCUUGGAGCCGGACGAGUCGAAGCGAACGGGUAGCUUGCGCGACAUUCUCAAGGCGCUCGAAGUCAAAUCGACAACUCACAGUACGACACCUGCAUCGCCCUCGCCCCUCGGCUCCAAUCCUACUCUCAUCGGUGCAUGGCCCAGUCACGCCCUUUCCGACACGAACGAGGUCACGUCAGAGCGCCAUAGCCACUCGAUCAACAGUACCUCCCAACCACGAGAAGUUGCCAUGACGGAGUUUGCCGCGCCAGAGCCGUGGGAACUGCCCAUGUUGUGGUCGUUGGACGCCACUGAGAAACUGGGGAAAUGCGACCCGUCGAAGCUGGGACGAAUGCGGUUUCGCCUUGUCUUCCAGUGCGAGUGGUGCAUUUCAUCUUGCGGCCGGUUCGAGCCCCAGGACGAAGUAGCUGCUCGAAGCGACGCCUCGUUGCAUGUGGUGGGAGCAUCGGACGAGAUCCGGCAGAUGUUGCCCAUUUUGAACGCCAGCUCUGCGGUGCGGAAAGCUCUGUGCGUGGCGGCUCUGUUGGGUGUGACGAUGGACGGGUUUCAGUUUGAUUUGAAGGAUACCCAACACAUGGCCAAAAUCGCAAGUGCAUUGGAAUCGAUCCAUGGACUUGCCCCGCGCUUGGACACGGACGCAGCAUUCGAAGGAAUCGUGCAUCGACUCGAGACCGAAGACUUGGACGAGGUGGAAUUGGCAGAUGAAGCGAGGAAGUUGCAGGACGUGCUGUUGAGAUACCGAAGAGUGGUUCUUCCAAUGAUGAAGCAAACUUUGGCAAGUCUGGGCUUUGACUGGAACCGCGAACGUGUCGGUGGGCUUCGUCAAGUCCAAUAUGCAUCGGGAUACAGCCGAUGGGUGUGCCAAGUUCACUCGCCCCAAAAGACAUCACAAGGGACUUUGUCGAGUUGA